AAAUAUUUAGUUGACGAAAUGUAUUACAAACGUUAUGAAGAGGAGGCGCGUAAUUAGUUAAACAAAAGCGAAAUAUAAAAAAAACUUAAAUUAACUUAAUGAAAUUUAAGAUUUCAUUUUUUUAAAUUUGCAAAAAAAAAUAAUUUGUGAAAAUAACACAAGUGUUCUAAUUUAAAAGUGAGGAAAAAUAUAUUGAAAUUAAGCAAAAAUGUUGAAUACAUUCAGUUCAGUGACACCGUUCUUGAAAUUUAAUCCAAGACGUGUAAUCAUAGACAAUAUAGUGUUUAAAUUACAUUAUCGCUGGACAUUUAUAAUUUUAAUAGUGGCCACCAUAUUGGUGUGUUCACGUCAAUAUAUUGGUGAACAUAUUAAAUGUAUAUCGGAUACAAUACCCUCACAUGUGAUCAAUACUUAUUGUUUUUUUACGCCAACAUUUACAUUGGUACGUCAUUUGAAUAAUACCGCCUUGUCAGCUGGUGCUAUAUUUCAACCUGGCAUUGGUCCGUAUGAAACUCAAGAAGAACCUAUUAAACGUCAUGCUUACUAUCAAUGGGUACCAUUUGUGCUAUUUGGACAGGCUUUGUGUUUCUAUCUGCCGCACUUUUUAUGGAAAACUUGGGAAGGUGGCCGCGUAAGAGCUUUAGUAUUUGGCUUACGAAUGGUUGGUCUAACAAAAUAUCUACAAAAUAAAUCUCUUAAAAUUGGCAAUUUAAAUAUACCUUCAAUGGAUGAAAUGGAUUUGCGUAUCAAAGACAUUAGACGAACAAUGAUUGAUCGCAUGCGUUUGAAUCAAUCAUGGGGUGCUCAUUUGGUAUUUGCUGAAAUAUUAAAUUUAUUAAAUAUUUUAUUACAAAUCUAUUGCACCAAUAAAUUUUUGGGUGGUGCCUUCUAUACGUUGGGUCCCAAAGUUCUCAAUGAACGUUGGACCGAUCAAAUGGAUGCUUUAGAUGUGGUUUUUCCCAAAGUAACCAAAUGUCAUUUCCAUAAAUUUGGUCCCUCCGGUUCAUUGCAAAUGCAUGAUACUUUAUGUGUAAUGGCUUUGAAUAUUAUUAAUGAAAAGAUUUAUUGUAUUUUAUGGUUCUGGUAUGUGUUUGUAUUGGCCGCCACAAUUUUGGGUCUGAUAUGGAGAGUAUUUACAUUGUUCUUUUACAAAAGCCUUAAAUUCACUCUUUAUUCGCUGUAUUGGGCUAAACCUGGUAAAUUGGACGAAAAGGAAUUGUCGGCCGUUAUUAGCAAAUGCAACUUUUCCAAUUGGAUGUUUUUGUUUUUCUUACGCAGUAAUCUUUCUGAAUUUCUUUUUAAAAAAGUUAUCUAUCAUUUAGCUAGCGAAUUUCCCGAUGAACAACGUGAUAAUAGUAUAAAUGCUUCAUUGGCUAGAAAUAUGGAUCCGGCUCAUAUGCAAACUAUGCGAAUCGAUGAAGUCGAUAUGCCUCUUUUGAAUAAGCCAAGUGGCAGUAGUAAACUUGAUUAAUUACAUUCUUUUCAAUUUAGUUUAUAUUGCAUUUUUUGUUUAGUAUUUAAGUUUUUCAUACAUGAUUCUUAUAUAUUUUAUAAUUAUAAAUAAAUAUAUUUUGUUUCCUAAGA